AUGAGCCCUUAUGAGUGGUAUAACCCUCACCCGUGCCUGAGAGAGCGGGUGGACAUCUUGGAGAACCAGUACACACUCGGAAACAGCCUCUGGUUCCCGGUUGGAGGUUUCAUGCAGCAAGGCUCGGAGAUUAUGCCCCGUGCGCUUUCUACACGCUGUGUCAGCGGAGUCUGGUGGGCCUUUACGUUGAUCAUCAUCUCCUCGUACACAGCCAACCUUGCUGCCUUCCUGACUGUGCAGAGGAUGGAGGUCCCAAUUGAAUCCGCUGAUGACCUCGCUGACCAAACCAACAUCGAGUAUGGCACCAUUCAAGGAGGAUCCACAAUGACAUUUUUUCAGAACUCCCGGUACCAGACAUACCAGCGGAUGUGGAACUACAUGCAUUCGAAGCAGCCCAGUGUCUUUGUGAAGACCACUGAGGAAGGCAUUGCCCGGGUUUUGAACUCCAAGUACGCCUUCCUGCUGGAGUCCACAAUGAACGAGUACCACAGGAAACGGAACUGUAACCUGACUCAGAUCGGAGGCUUGCUCGAUACCAAGGGUUACGGCAUCGGUAUGCCACUGGGUUCCCCAUUCCGGGAUGAGAUUACUCUCGCGAUCCUCCAACUUCAGGAGAAUAACCGGUUGGAAAUACUCAAGAGGAAGUGGUGGGAGGGAGGGAAGUGUCCGAAGGAAGAAGAUCACAGGGCAAAAGGUUUAGGAAUGGAGAACAUUGGUGGGAUAUUUGUCGUCCUGAUCUGUGGUCUGAUCAUUGCAGUCUUUGUAGCUGUCAUGGAGUUUGUUUGGACAACUCGCCGUUCAGCAGAAUCAGAGGAGGUCUCCAUGUGCCGCCAGAUGUUUACCGAGCUGCGCCAUGCUGUGUCGUGUAAGAAGACGUCCCGUUGGAGAAGGAGACGGAGACCAGCUAGGCCAGGGGGUGUCCCUUUGAGCAAGCAGCUGCGAGCGGCCCGGGAGCUGAGGCUCAGUAAUGGCAGGCUCUACCCAGGGCCUACGGGGAGCCUGGGCCUAGAGCCGAGCCUGGGCCCGGGCCUGGGCCCCGGACCGCAGCGACUCCUCGAUGAACUAGGCCCGGGCCCAGGCAGGAGCUGCAGCCACGUCCGUAUCUGCCAGGAGUGCCGGAGGAUCCAGGGCCUGAGGACGACACGCCUCCCCCCGAGCCGGGGGCCUGUACAGGCCGAGGAGCAGCCUCCUGUAUCUGGCCCGCAGCCUGAGGCCAGCAACCAGGACUGAGAGGGAGCCCGGGCCCAGAACCGGAGACUGGGA